AUGCCAAAAAAAAUCUGGAAAUCAUCCGCUCCCUCCUCUUAUGAACAUAUCUCUAGCUUGAGACCAAGAUUUGUGUCUCGUGUAGACAAUGUUCUUCACCAGAGAAAGGCUUUGACUUUCAGCAAUAUCGUUGUUCCAGAUAAAAAGAACAACACUCUAACCUCGAGCGUCAUGUACUCUCAAGGAAGUGACAUUUACGAGAUUGAUUUCACAGUGCCACUGCAGGGGGACACCGUGGAGCCAAUGAAGGACUAUGGUGACGCCUUUGAAGGUACUGAAAACAGACCAUUGAGUCCAAAAUUCGUCUAUCAAGGUGAAACCGUCUCCAAAAUGGCGUACUUAGACAAGACUGGCGAGACCACGCUAUUAUCCAUGUCCAAGAACGGGUCCUUGGCUUGGUUCAAAGAAGGCAUCAAGGUCCCCAUUCACAUCGUGCAAGAAAUGAUGGGUCCAGCAACCAGCUAUGCGAGCAUUCAUUCGUUGACCAGACCCGGCGAUCUGCUUGAAAAGGACUUCUCGUUGGCAAUUUCAGACUUCGGUAUUUCUAGUGAUACCGAAACCAUUGUUAAAUCUCAAAGUAAUGGUGAUGAAGAAGACAGUAUUUUGAAAAUCAUUGAUAAUGCCGGCAAACCGGGUGAGAUUUUGCGUACUGUCCACGUCCCAGGUACCACCGUGACCCACACUGUAAGAUUUUUCGACAACCAUAUCUUUGCAUCUUGUUCAGAUGACAAUAUCCUUAGAUUUUGGGACACCAGAACUGCAGACAAGCCUCUAUGGGUUUUGAGCGAACCAAAAAACGGAAAAUUGACCUCGUUCGAUUGUUCUCAAGUCUCCAAUAACUUGUUUGUUACCGGUUUCAGUACUGGUAUCAUCAAAUUGUGGGAUGCUCGUGCAGCUGAAGCUGCCACCACUGAUUUGACUUAUAGGCAAAAUGGCGAGGAUCCAAUUCAAAACGAAAUCGCAAACUUUUAUCACGCUGGUGGCGACUCUGUUGUCGACGUUCAAUUCUCCACAACUUCAAGUUCUGACUUCUUGACUGUUGGUGGUACCGGCAACAUUUACCAUUGGAACACCGACUACUCUUUGUCAAAAUACGAUCCUAAAGAUACCAUUGCCCCCCCACAAGACGCUUCGGAAGAAUCUCAAACAAAGUCCUUGAGAUUCUUGCACAAGGGUGGAAGCAGAAGAUCUCCAAAACAAGUCGGAAGAAGAAAUACCGCCGCUUGGCAUCCGGUCAUUGAAGACUUGGUUGGUACAGUCGAUGAUGAUAGCUUAGUCAGCAUCUACAAGCCUUACACUGAAGAAAGUGAAUAG